AUGAGCCGACCCAGCAGCCCUCCUUUCGCCCCCAAAGUUUGUUCGACAUGCCGAGCGCGCAAGAAGAGAUGUGAUAAGGCCUUGCCCUCUUGUGGCUACUGUGCUGCGAAAGGUCUGCAAUGCCAGUACCACGAUGAACGUCCGGUCGGUCUAGACCUGAUCCCGACGCCUUCGGUGUCUGAAACGUCCUCGACCGUCGAGGCGACCGUGUGCCGGGAGGUCCAGCGCAUUAUCAGCUUCACAGGGCAAUAUCUCGACGAAGUAAGCGUCCGGUAUUUCCAGAGCAUCCACUGGUACCUCCCAAUCAUCUCGCGGCAACGGUUCCACGCCCACCUCCUUUCAUUCGGCGCCGAUCCCCGGGCAGAUUUCUCCGUCUUGAUGCUGAGCAUCUGCAUGCUCACAUACGCUCCGGAUCCCGACCGGUCAGACGGUAGGCACGUCGACCAUUCGACGCUCUACCUUGCGGCCAAAUCCCUAUUCAGUCUCGCUCAAACUAUCGGUAGGCCGUCUCUGAAUCUGAUCCAAGCAGGGAUAUUGAUAGCGGUAUAUGAGUAUUGGCGCGGCGAGUUGGAUCGGGGGUUUGUCUCAAUCGGCGGGUGUGCUCGCAUGGCGUAUGCGGCAGGCCUGAAACGGCCAACCUCGCUUCCCAGCAUGGACAAUGAUGUGUAUCCAGACGAAGAAGACGGCAGCACAUGGUGGGGAAUUUGCAUGUGCGAAAGAAUCGGCGUAUGUGAUAUCAGCAUAGUCAACCAGCCCCUGCUGUCAAUCAUGCCGACAGAGGUCGACGCUUUCAGCCCUCAAGAGAGCGGGUGUGUACCAUCAACGCCGUCCAACAUCUACCAGGACGGAUUCCGUCAGGCGAUGCGCGCGACCUAUCUGCUCGACCAUUUGCUCGAGGUAUUGGCUGCUCCCGAGUCAGAAGCCAAACAGACGCACCUGCAAGAGCUCGACAAUUCCAUCCAAGUCUUUCUCACCAUGACGAUGCAGCGGUUCCCGAUGGCGUCGGGAGUAUACUGCGGAGGGAUCUCGAUUGCUAUACGUGGCCUCUUUCUUCUCCACCGGCAUGUUCUUGCCCAAACAAAAGACCCGUCGGGCGAUGUCGACUAUCCGAAGGGGGCGUAUCCCAGCUCCCGUGCCGCGCUGGAUACUGUGACCAAGAUCGUCAGUGACAUUGCGACAGCGCGCCAGCAGCUCUCGCCCGACCGGCUCGACGCGUAUCCACCGACCUAUGCCUACCUCGUUCGGGCGGCGCUGCAGUAUAUCCACGAAGAGUGCCAGCCGCUGACCCCUGGGUCGUGGCUGUGGGAGGCGGAAAAGCGGCUGCAGCAUUCGCUUGAACUGCUGAAGCGCAGAUGGCGGUGA